ACUCCAAACACACACACACGCACACGCACGCACACACACACAGCCAGCAGAUUUGAGUCGCUCUUUGUGUUUCCUGUCUCCUCAGCUGCUCCGAUCUGUUCCUUCUCUGCCUUCAGCAGCUCACUCUAGGUUGCUCCUCUCCUGCCUGAGGUUGUGAUUUUGUUUUCUGGGACAGCCAUGUGUUGCUCGGUGGGUUUUGCCCGCUCUCUGGGCCUGGCUUUGCUGCCGCUGGCGCUCUGCUGUGUCCUGGCCAACCUGCUGCUGUUGUUUCCUAUGGGAGAAACCACCUACGUCCAGGAGAACCGCCUGGCCAAUUACAUCUGGUACUUUGGAGGACUCGGAGGUGGAGGGCUGUUGAUGCUGAUUCCCGCUGUGGUCUUCAUCACUCUGGGGAAAUGCAGCUGUUGCUGGAAUGAAAGCUUAAUGAUGUGCGGGUCGGUGCUAGCAGCUGUCAUCGGCCUUGUGGGGUCUGGGUAUUGUUUUGUUAUUUCAGGGCUCACCUUAAUGAAGGGUCCCUACUGCUUUACCUCAUUAGGGUGGAAGUAUCCCUUUGCAGACGAGGGUGGCAGAUAUGUGUUGGAGCCAAAAAUGUGGUCUCAGUGCCUUCAGCCGCUUCACAUUGUCGAGUGGAACGUGACUCUCCUGUGUGUGUUGCUGGGCCUCGCAGUGCUGGAGUUCAUCAUCUGUCUUCUACAGCUGGGAAAUGGUUUAGUCAACGCCAUCUGCCGGCCCUGCUGCUACAAGCAGGAGUAUAGUCUCAACGCUUAGACACACACACACACACACACACACACACACACACACACACACACGUGUGUCUGUGUUUAUAGAGACAGCAGUCAUGACACGCAUAAAUCUUCCUUUUUUCCCAGAUUCAGGAAUAAAAAAAGCAUCUCUGAUGUUUCAUAACAAUGAUUUGAAGCGUUCUGGGUGACUCGCUCUCUUUUAUAUCAAGCUGCUCUCAACAAGCACACCCUGUUUUUGUUUAUUAGUUUAAACGAGAUUCCUGUUUGUUUCCCAUGGGAAUUUUUUAUGGUUAGGAGACAUUCUUGUAGGAAACAACUCAGAUUCCCAAGGUUCAACGUUCUUACUCGGCUUUUUUCUGAAAUACACUGAAGUGUCCCAUCAAGUUUAUAAUAUUUUGUAUGUUUGUAAGUAUGUUGGUUAUAAGAGUAUUUUGUUGUAAAUGUUUGGAAGCUGGUUCAGGAUUAUUCGACACUUUAUAUACAUAUUUUUAGUGUCUUUUUUUAUAUUUUAUGAUUUGUUUGUGCUUUCUUUAAUAAAAACGUUAUUCCUAAUGAAGAGCGUUUGAUGAUCAUUACUAAAUAAAUGGAGGAUACAUUUCCAUCACUAUACUGAAGUUUGACCCCAUAUAUACUACUUCCACAAAACAGGUCAGACAAAGUUUAGUUUAAUACUUAAAAAUGUUGUGUCAAUUUUUUUUAUUAAACAUUUAAAGUAAUUCUAUAAUUGCUUCUAUUUUCCCGUCAGCUUCAUCCCUGAACAUAAUUAACAAACAAUGUAUGCAUAUGAUAACACUUGUUCAAGCUGGCUUUGCGGGACCUAUUUCUUUAUCCCCCCUUUGCCAAUUUUUUUAAAUAAUUAAAUAAAAUCCAUUUUUUUUAAUAAAA